AUGGGCUGCAUCGGCUCCAGGACUGUGGGGAAUGAGGUGAUUGCAGUGGAUUGGAAAGGUCUGAAGGAUGUUGACCAAAUCAACAUGGACAGCACCAGCUCCCUGCAUGGGAGUAGCAUCCACCGGCCAUCCACUGAGCAAACUCGAACAGAUUUCUCUUGGGAUGGCAUCAAUCUUUCCAUGGAGGACACAACCUCCAUCCUUCCCAAGCUUAAGCGGAACUCCAAUGCCUAUGGUAUUGGGGCCUUGGCCAAGUCAUCUUUCUCAGGGAUCUCACGCAGCAUGAAGGACCACGUCACAAAGCCUACAGCCAUGGGGCAAGGUCGAGUGGCCCACAUGAUCGAAUGGCAGGGCUGGGGAAAGGCUCCAGCUGCUCAACCACAGCACAGUCAUGAGUCUGUUCGAAGGGAUACAGAUGCCUACUCUGAUCUCAGUGAUGGCGAGAAGGAGGCUCGAUUCCUUGCAGGGGUUAUGGAACAAUUUGCUAUCUCUGAGGCCACACUCAUGGCUUGGUCUUCCAUGGAUGGUGAAGAUAUGAGUGUAAAUUCUACCCAGGAGCCACUGGGCUGCAACUACAGUGAUAACUACCAGGAGCUGAUGGAAAGUCAGGAUGCCCUAGCCCAGGCCCCUUUGGAUGGAUGGCCACAUUCCUAUGUAUCCCAAGGCAUGUAUUGCUUGGGCUCCUCCGAUGCCUGGGAGGCAAGUGACCAGUCUCUCAUAGCCUCCCCAGCCACUGGUUCCUACCUUGGUCCAGCCUUCAAUGACUCCCAGCCCAGUCUGCAUGAAGUAGGGCCUUCUCAAGCUCCACCUGGGCACUUAGCCCAGGGGCCCCAACCCUUACUGGGAGGAGACUCUGACUGGGCUCCAGGAGUGGGCGGAAUGGACCCAACAAGGGAUCUGCCUGAGAAGAGGCAAAUGCCUGCUGAGGAGGAGGAAGAUGCAGGAUGUCGAGAUUUGGAGUCCCUGUCUCCUCGAGAAGAGCCUGAGGCAUCUGCUGCUCUCAGUCGGAAAGUAUCAGACGUUACAUCCUCAGGGGUACAGUCCUUUGAUGAGGAGGAGGGAGAGGCCAACAAUUAG